UUCAGCUCCCUAAAGUCAAAGUAUAAUAUACUCGUGUAGUGGCUCCUCAUACAUCACAAUAAUCCAAGCAUGUUUUUGUUCAAGGCAUUGCGAUGACGUUUAAGUCAGAAAUAAUUUUGCAGAGGAUCACUUAAUACUGCUAUAACAAAGGUUUAAUUUUUCUUUUGUUUAUACCAGCAAAUUCCCCACUUUGUUUCUCCCGCGAUAGGCUACACGCAGGCUGUCCAAAUAAUAAACCCCGGUAAUAAUGCGGCAGGAAUAAGAGAGAGAGAAAAAAAAACAUUUGCAACUGAAAUGCCAUUAAGUGGGCUGGGCCCUGUCCUCUUCCCUUUUCCCUAACUAUAAGUUCGGUAUGGAAACGGGCUCGUUGAAACGGACAUCAGUCAGGGGGAAAUUCGUUUUGCUAAUAUGAGUUCGGCAUCUGCCAUGCAGCUACACAUUCUAUUCGCCACUUCCUUCGCCUGGGCCGCCAGCCACCAGCAGCCCCCCACGUACCACUUCCGUGACCCCGUGAGCCAGCAGGUGCUGGUAUGCGAGCAGUGUCCCCCCGGCACGGCGGUGCGGAGCCACUGCAGACCGGACCGGCCCACGGAGUGUGCGCCGUGCCCGGACAGCCACUUCUCCGAACACUGGCAUUGGGGCGACUCGUGCCGGCACUGCACGGCUGUCUGCAAGGAGCGCCAGCUGGUCGAGAGGGAGUGCAACGGCACGCAUGACCGGCUCUGCAAAUGUGUGCCAGGGCACCACCUAGAGGUGGAGUUCUGCGUGCGACACUCAGCCUGCCCCCCCGGGUCUGGGGUGGUCCUGCCUGGUUCGCCGGAGCGGAACACUCUUUGUGAGAAGUGUCCCAAGGGAUAUUUUUCCAGCGUGGCAUCGGCAGUGGAGCCCUGCUUCCCGCACCGGGACUGCAGUGCCCUGGGGAUGCGGGCACUGAGGGCCGGGACAGCGGCGCGGGAUGCCAUAUGCGAGCGGGAGGACGAGUGCUUCCCGGGACACGCCAUGUGCCAUACAGGCACACUGCUGUGUGAGGAGAUCAUCUUCCAGUUCCUGGGUUCGAAGCAGCUGUCUACGCUGCAGCUGGACUCCCUGUCAGACCAGCUGCCGGGCAGGAAGGUGGACCGGCGGAGCGUGGAGCGAAUGAUGAAGGCGUGCGGUGCCCAACAGGGGGUGCUGCUGUUGCUCAGGCUAUGGAGGGAGCAGAACCGUGAUCAGGAGAGGCUCUUUGGCAUUAUCGGAGGUGUGAGCCGCUGUCAGAGGAUGUUGUCAAGGUGUGCAAGCCCCGGCAACCUCACCCCGCAGGACCUGAGGAGCGUUGCAGACAGCCUGCCGGGAAAUCGGGUGGAGGACAAGGACUUCCAGCACGUGAUGCAAUCAUGCCGACCCCGGCAGCAGCUGCUGCAGAUCCUGUACACAUGGAGGAUCCACAACGUGGAGCAGGAUGUAGACAAGGCGCUGGGGCACAGCCUGCGCAGGCUGCGCAGCCGUGACGUUCCGCGGAACCUGCUCAAGUCACUCAAGAACGUCAGCAAGAUCCUUAGUGGCUUCUUCACGGAGAAGAUGUACGAGAAGCUUUUCUUCGACAUGCUGAAGGUUAGCAAGAGCCUCACGUCCCAACCUAACGAUGACUAGGCAGCAGACGGACGAACAGUCACUCGAUGCAAGGCUGCGCAGUCUGCAAACGUGCCCCCCAGUUGGCAAAUGGCAAAUUCAUUUGCAUUGUCUUUUAGAAACUUGAAUGAAGUGAGGAUAUCUCAGUGUAUAUUUGGACUGCAAAAUAAAUAAAUUAAUAAACAAACAAACAUAACAACAAUAAAAAAUGCUCAUAGUAAACAUGCAAUGUGGUAUUACAUUAAUGUACAUAAAACUGUAAUUUAUUUCAUUUUUUAUGGCGAUGUUUCAAAAAAUAUAUGUGGUAUUAAGUUUUCGCUUAAUGGCCACUGAAAUACAAGAAUCUUUUUUCCCAGUUCAGUUUUUUAUUAUUAUUAUUUAUACUCGGACAGUGGUACAAUUAUGUCCGUUUUGUACAAUAAACAUACUGCACUCA